AUGGCGGUGAUCAUCACCGCUAUUAAAUAUUAUGCUGCAUUUAAUCGAUCAUUGACUUGCGUUAUUGUUUAUAUGCGGGGAGACCAACCAGUUACCUUUUUGGAAGAGUUUCAAACCAAUAUUUCUUUCGCAGAGUAUGGUGAUGGAGAUAACUUGGCUGCUAUCUGGGUGGGUACAAACAACCAACAAAUUUAUGGUCAUGAAGACCUUUGGAUGGAUGUAAACGUUGCAAACAACCAACAAACUUACAAUUGGGAUGACCUUAUAAGCAUGAAUACCAUUUAUAACAAUAUAAUUGCUGAAGCAAAUCACUCAAAUACCAUUUUAGACAACUUUUUAACAAUUGAAGGAAACCACAUAAAUGCUAUUCAAGGUGAUUUAAAUAUAGAUGUUGAACGUCUAACUACUAUUUACGAUGAUCCUAUAAAUAUUGAAGAGGAACGUCUAGCUACUGUUCAAGAUAACACCAUAGAUGUUGAGGAAAAUAUAGUUCAAAAUGAAAAUAUUAACGUGUUUGAGCUAAUUAAGAAAUACCUACCUUCUUAUAUUUUAUCUGUUCAAAAACAACAAAUUGAAGGAUCUUUAUUAUAUCGUGCAACUUUGAUUUCUAAAGAAUCAGCUAAAGACAUUCAAGAUCAAGAUGAUCAAUUAAAAUUACAAGAAACUGUAGAUGUAUUAACACAAUUUCAGCAAAACAAUAAUGUAGAAAUGAUGAAUGAUUUACACUUAUUUAAAAAUUUCAGACCACAAUGUGCAUUUACAAGUGAAAUAAAAAAACAAGUGCGAAGAGAAGUUAGAUACGUCCAAGGAUUCGGAAAGGUUAAGAAAGCCCUUAAUUUGGCUCUAGAUUUAAAAUGUGAAGAUGAAUUUCUCGAUAUGAUAAGCAACUUUAUUACUCGUAAAAAAAGUAGCAUAGAAAGUACAAGCAAUGAGGAAAAUUUAUGCGUCUUAGAUCCCUUGGUUCAAAAACGACGUGGAUGUCGACCAAAUAAACGUAUUAAAUCAGCAACAGAGAAGUCACAUCACAGUAGCUUUGGAAACAGCGCAAUCAACCCACCCGAUCCCAAUUUGACAUCUAGAAAACGACGUGGACGUCUACCAAAAUUAGUAUCAGAGAAAAAGGCUAACCAAAAUAACUCUGAUAAUGUUUUAUUAAAUGUAUCUGAUUAUGAAGAUACAAAUUUAGUGCUACAUGGAGCGUCUUCAGUCAAAACAUGCCUUAGUGAGGUCUGCAGUUAA